GCUCCGCCCUUUCCGGGUCCAUUAGUCUGGCGCCGAUCACUGAUCACUGACCGCUGAGGGACUCACAGGAGGGUCGCCCGUCUUCCGUUUUUUCUUGGAUCCGAGCUGCGGAGAAGCCCCGACCAUGCCUGGACUUCUGCUGGGAGACGAGUUCCCCAACUUCGAGGCCGACACCACCAUCGGCAGGAUCAAGUUCCACGACUUCCUCGCUAGCUCGUGGGGUAUCCUGUUCUCCCACCCAAGGGACUUCACUCCUGUCUGCACCACUGAGCUGGCCUGUGCCGCUAGGAUCAGUGAUGAGUUCAAGAAACGAGGUGUGAAGAUGAUUGCCUUGUCCAUUGACAGUGUUGAUGAUCACCACAACUGGAGCAAGGAUGUGAUGGCAUUUAACAGUGAGGCUGAAGGCGCUCUGCCCUUCCCCAUCAUCGCUGAUGACAAGCGAGAGCUGGCCGUCCAGCUGGGCAUGCUGGACCCCGAUGAGAGAGACAAGGAUGGAAUGCCCCUCACUGCUCGCUGUGUCUUUGUGAUUGGCCCUGACAAGAAGCUCAAGCUGUCCAUCCUCUACCCUGCCACCACUGGAAGGAACUUUGACGAGCUGCUCAGAGUUAUCGACUCUCUGCAGCUCACUGCACAGAAGAAGGUUGCCACGCCGGUCGACUGGAAGCCUGGUGACAAAGUCAUGGUCAUUCCCUCGCUCUCUGAGGAUGAAGCUGCUUCUAUAUUCCCCAACGGCGUGACAACGAAAGAGUUACCUUCUGGGAAGAAAUACUUGCGCUACACCCAGCUCUGAAGACACAGUGAAAGACUUCCCUUCUACUCUACUGCUCUUUGACCAAGAAAUCCUUGGAUGAUGAUUCACAUGUAGAACUGACCAAAAGCAUAGACACACUUCGGUGACUAGUGUCUUCAGUCAUGCAACGUGCCCAGCUAUGAACUGGGGAAAUUUAUAGUGUCAUUGUACAGUGCCUUGUUUACUCUCUGUUAAUAAACACUCUUUUCACACACCUUC